CGAGAAACACGACAGAGCUUCAUUCAACUUCAAGAGAAAUGGCUUACGACAAUACUUAUCUAGUUGGAAAACGAUUCCCUAACCGUCUAUUCGUAGGAGGCUUGCCGGCACCGGUUACAGCCCCAGAACUUGCAAGUUUCUUCUCGAACUUUGGCUCCGUCGUGGACUCCAAAGUUAUUUUGGACGAGGAAGGUGUAAGCAAAGGAUAUGGGUUUGUAUCGUUCAAGAGUGCUGAGGAUGUCAAAAACGUCGGCCAAAUGGGAACACUGUUUUUAAGAAACAAGAAGUUAAACAUUGGGCCGGCAGUGAAAAAGGAGGGCCCGGCAAUCUCUCCUGAAACAGUAAUAGUGCCCAGCGCCCCGUCGAAGGGAGAGUUUUUUUACCCGAUUCAGCAACAGCAACAACAGACAAUUCCAUCAAUGCAAUAUGCAGUGCAAGAACCACAGCCAGUAAUGUGGUAUUACUAUUUUCCAACUAUCGAACAGGCACAGUACAAUAAUAUCUAUCAAUUACAGAACCAGGUAGCAAARUACCAAAUCCUGCCAGAAGUUCCUUAUAACAACAAUAAUUAUAUCAAUGAAAGCCACAAUACAAUGAACUCAUACAAUAACACAUCACGAAAGCCAAGACGUAAUCUACCCCCAAGGCUGAAGUCAAAAAGAAGUAACUAAGUCCGAAGAACCAGUAUUUAAUAUUAAUGUAAUAUGAGUCUCCAAAUAACUUUUGCGAAGGAGACUAUUGUAAUAUAGAAGUAGAAACUUUUCAUCUUUCUCUCUUUGAAUCAUUUGAAUGAUUUUGAUAUUUUUUGAUCUGCAUGGAUUUUAUGAACAAUUUUUCAGUAAUUAGUAUUUUAAAUUGAACUUAUGCUCUAAGAGCUCACUUAUUGACCAGUAGCUAUCUAUUUUUUCAUACUAUUCAGUGCUUUUUUAUACAACAUUUAAAAAACCAUUUUAUAAGGUUCGUAGUAGAUAAUUUGAUUGCAGUUGCAAUCUUCAAGUAACUUCUCGUAGAAACACAUUUUGUAAUAAUAUUCAAGACAAGUCAUGAGGUCAUUUCAUACA